AUGGGUCCGGCACCGAGGCCCACUGCUGCAAAGACCUCCUCUCCUGCCGGACCGGCUUGUCCUGCAUUUUCCGCCGUUCCGGCACCCUUGCCCUCUGCAGUUGGAGCGGCCCUGCCGCCGGUGCCUGUGCUGGGCCCUGUUUUCGGAGGGGGAUCCGUGCCAUCAGUGUUGCCGCUGCCAUCGGCAGUACCCCGUGCUGCGGCUGUUGCUACGUGUGCACCUGCUGCCACGACCACGGCAGCAAUCCUUAAUGGGCCCCAGAUGGUGACCGCUGCGAGUGCCAUCGCCGCCGUCGCCCGUCCAAUGCACCCGGUGCUGGCAACUCCUUGUGUUGAUGCAGGUCAGCCACCAGUGUCAGCUGCGGUUGUGCCGUCGUCACAACCGUCCACAGUACCUGCUGCCACAGCGACAGUUCCCUUAUCUACGCCAGGGGCGACAACCGUGAAUGCCAGCAUGAUUCCUGCAGUCGAUAAUCCGAUGGAAACACUGUUUCGACCACGUGUGUCGUCGCUGCCGUCGGCAGAGCUUGCUGCCACGACCAACACAACAGCCUCGGCAUCCGAGAUGGUGACGACCGCUGCGAAUGCCAUCGCAAUGGGUACAGUGGACCCUGCCGUGCAUCCGAUGCAACCAAUGCCGACAACACCUCUCGUUGUGUCGUCGCUGCCAUCGGCAGAGUCCGUUGCUGCUGCUAGCAUGUCUGCUGCCGCGAACAACACAGCAGCAGCAGCACCUGCAUCUGACAUGGCGACGCCCGUUGCGAAUGCCAUCAUGAUGCCUGCAGUUGCCACCACCGCCCACCCCAUGCAGCCGGUGCUCGACCCCAGUCCUGGUGCUGACGCAGCUCAACCACCAGUGUUGGCGUUGUCUGAGCCACCUCUGGUUGCACCGGUCGUGUCGUCGCAUGCAAUUGCACCGGUCGUGUCCUCACAACCGUCGGUACGACCGUCGGCGGAGCCCGUUGCUGCUGCACUUAAUGCUGCCACGGCCUGCACACCAGCAAUCACCGCAUCCGCACAUGCCGUCAUGAUGCCUGCAGUUGCCACCGCCGCCGCCCACCCCAUGCAGCCAGUGCUCCCGUGUCGUGGUGCUGGUGCAGACCAACCGCCAGUGUUGGCAUUGCCUGAGCCACCUGCGGGUACACCGGUCCUGUCGUCGCAACCAUCGGCGGAGCCCGUUGCUGCUGCAUGCCCUGCUGCCACGGCCCACACAGCAGCAAACGCCCUCAUGAUGCCUGCAGUUGCCACCACCGCCCACCCCGGGCAGCCAAUGCUCCCGUGUCCUGCAGCUGGUGCAGACCAACCGCCAGUGUUGGCAUUGCCUGAGCCACCUGCGGUUACACCGGUCCUGUCGUCACAACCAUCGGCGGAGCCCGUUGCUGCUGCAUGCCCUGAAGCCACGGCCCACACAGCAGCAAACGCCGUCAUGAUGCCUGCAGUUGCCACCGCCGCCCACCCCGGGCAGCCAGUGCUCCCGUGUCCUGCAGCUGGUGCAGACCAACUGUCAGUGUUGGCAUUGCCUGAGCCACCUGUGGUUGCACCGGUCCUGUCGUCGCAACCAUCGGCGGAGCCCGUUGCUGCUGCAUUGCCGCCUGCGGAGUCACCGGCCAUGUCCUCACAACCAACGGCCGAGCCCGUUGCUGCUGCAUGCCCUGCUGCCACGGCCCACACAGCAGCAAACCCCGCAUCCGCACAUGCCGUCAUGAUGCCCACAGUUGCCGCCGUCACCCGUUUGAUGCAACCACCGCUUGCAACUCCUGUUGCUGAUGCAGCUCUACCGCCUGUGUCGGCAUUGCCUGAGCCACCUGCGGUUGGAGCGACCGUGGCCCACCUUGCUCCUUCUGCAUCUCCUCCGCCCGUGUCCAGUUUGCCUGGUCCGGCAACCGCUGCACCGGGGACUGUUGUGCUGGCGCCUGCGGCGAACCCAGAACCAUCCACAAAUGCCUUUCCUCUGGUUGCGGCGGCCCUUCCGAAACCUGUUGGUGAUUCCGUGGGGCCUGGGGUUGCCAAAGUCAGUGACGAUCUUGCCUCGGUCACCGCUCUGGGAUGGAAGUGCGAGACGGGAAUCAAUGUGAAGUUUGGACCUCACGGGCAAGUUGAAUUCGAGGAGUCGCUUUGGUGGGAUGGUGCACGGCCAGGCUACGUGUUCAAAAAGGACCACCAUGGCUUGGGGUACUACAUCGACACCGUGCCAGCCUCGCAAGCAGCUUGGGAGUGCCAUUUGCAUGAGAUGGGAUGGUCAAGUGGCCCACAGCUGAAAUCCGACCCCCGAACCGGGGAGCCGCCAUCCGGCCCCAAAACCGGGGAGCCACCAUCCGGCCCCAAAACCGGGGAGCCGCCAUCAAGCCCCCAAACCGGGGAGCCGCCAUCCGGCCCCCAAACCGGGGAGCCGCCAUCCGGCCCCCAAUCCAUCCUCCGCAAGCCGCCCGCCGCGGCCCUCGAGAUCCAGGAACCACCAUACUCCCGCAACGCAGCUGCCAAGCUCAUUGAGCGAGUGAAGAGGAAUGCGAAACGCAUGAGCCAACUGGACGCCGACGUCCAGGCCCUCAUCAACUCGGACAAGGAUGAUGACCGCAAGAGGCUGCUGGACCUGGUGGUUGGAGCCCGAGGCAACAUGGAUCAGGUCCAGACUCCGUCCGAAUUCGAGUCGAACGAAGUUGAUUCCGACUUGACCAACAUGGUUCCUGUGACCGAGAAGGAGCUUGAGCGGAUGUAUGGGGAGAAGACGGCUGAGGUCAAAGAACACAAGGAACGCAUGGGACUGUGCAAGGAUGACCCCAACCUUCCAGGAGGCAAGGUGUACCAGGUUUUCCGGGACCAGGUGACCACGGGAACCAAGAUCACUGCAUCUGCCAGCUCCUCCUCUUCCUCUGAGCGACCACCUGCUGCCCGAGAGCCGCCAUCCACUUUGAUUUCGGGGCUCAACAAGAAGGGCAUGGAUGGACCUACGGACAAAAGAAAGGUUUCUUUUGUUGACAACACUAAGGGCGACGGCAAGGCCGAUGACAACAAGGGCGAUGCCGAGAAGGGCGAUGCCGGUGGGGACGAGAAGCCAAAUGCUGAAAAAGAGCCGAAACAGAAGAAGCCCAAGACUGUGAAGGUGACUCCGACUACGGCUCUGGACCGGGGCAAUGAUUUGCUGACCCGAAUCCUGGACAAGAAGAAGACGGCUGAAAGCCACAAAACGGACCUCUAUCAUCGGCUCUCCGACCUCACCCACAAGAAGAUCAACGAGGACCAACCAUGA